AUGCCCAAGUUCGUGCCGCGACAGCGAAAACACAAGGUUCUGGCCCGUCAGAAGACGCAGACGCACGAAGCCGCCGCCGACACCAAUGCGACCGAGAUCUUGCCCCAGGAUGAGCAGGAGCGCGCCCAGAAGAAGGCGGCGCUCAAGGAUGAGCUCACCCGAGAGUCCCAGGGCAAGAUGAGCGGCAAGAAGAAGAAGCGCCUCGACAAAUACAUUGAUACAAAACUCAAGAAAGAAGAGAAUCUCGAACUGCUCAAGAAGCUUGCGACCCAGAAAGUCGACACUAGCUUGUUCCAAAGCUCGAAGAAGCUCGGUCGAGGAGCGGACACCAAGAGGGAGGCAAUGAGGCGCGCACUGGCUGAGAGUAGAGCCGGCAUAGAUGUGGAAAAGAACGAAGGCCUGAUACUUGAGAAGCGCGAGGUCGGAGACGAAAGUUCAGACGAAGAAGAAGCGCCGAUGCCCACUUCGAAACCAAACGCACGACAGAUUUCCUCGCAAGCAGCGCAAACCAACGGCUCCUCACGAGAACGAGCGCCAUCCCCGUCACCCUCCGAGCCCGAAAUCGAAGCCUCGCAGCCAACCUCGCAACCCGUCGCGGCGCCACGGCAGACUGGUGGACUCUUUGGAAGCGGACUGAAGAGGCCUCUAGAGGUGGACGAGUCGGGCAAACCCGUUAUACAAGUGCGAAAGCGCCGGAAAGGUCAGACCAAUAAACCUGUCGUGGUUGAAGAAGAGGUCGCAUGGGAGGGCUUCAGCUCGGGCAGCGAGAACAACGAUGAGGACAGUGGGGAUGAGUCUGAAGCAUCUGUUGCCGACUCCGACGACGCUGGUUCGAAUUCGGAGGAGGCAUCAACUUCCGGAUCCGAAGCCUCAGACGGGUCUGGAGAGUCUGGAGACUCCGAAGAUGACAGCGACGAGGAUAGCGAUACCAGUCCUGACGAAGAGAACAAGAUUGCGAAGAAGGAAAGAACGUCGGCUUUCAAGGCUUGGGCAACGCAGCAGAGAAACGAGCAAGUGGGUUUCACCCCGACAAACCAACUCUCCUACGCACCGAUUCCGGCGAACUUCAAACCUCGAGCUCCCGAGCAAGAUCCUUUGCCCCCAGAACUUGAGACGAAAACGGCGACCGAUGCGACACGGAAAGCCUUCAGCGUGAACGUCGAACGGUCACCAGAGAUACAAGAGUCAAGACUGCAGCUUCCUAUCGUAGCGGAAGAGCAGAAGAUCAUGGAGGCCAUACACAAUAACGAUGUGGUAGUAGUUUGGGGUGCCACUGGUAGUGGUAAGACCACGCAGGUGCCUCAGUUUCUCCUAGAAUCUGGAUACGGAGCGCCAGACGGGCCUACGCCAGGCAUGAUUGGCGUCACGCAACCGCGACGUGUAGCCGCUGUCAGUAUGGCGAAACGUGUCGGCGAUGAACUCGGCGACCAAAGUACGAAAGUGGCAUAUCAAAUCCGAUUUGACACGACAACGAGUCCAAAAACUGCCAUCAAAUUCAUGACUGACGGUGUGCUGUUACGAGAGAUUACCCAAGACUUUGUCUUGACAAAGUACUCUGCCAUUGUCAUCGAUGAGGCUCACGAGCGCAGUGUGAACACAGACAUUCUUAUUGGCAUGCUUAGCAGGAUAGUGGAUCUUCGUGCUCAGAUGGUCAAAGAAGACCCGAAGAACAAGCCUCUCAAACUGAUCAUCAUGUCUGCUACUUUGCGGAUAUCCGACUUCACAGAGAACAAACGCUUGUUCAGGAGUGAGCCUCCGCCACUGAUCAAGGCAGAAGGUCGACAAUACACCGUUGUAAACCACUUCGCACGCCGCACCCAGCGAGACUAUGUCGAAGAGAUGUAUCGUAAGGUGUGCAGAGGACAUCGAAAGCUGCCCAAGGGUGGUAUGCUUGUCUUCCUCACUGGACAGAGCGAGAUCUCACAGCUGGCGAAGCGGCUGAAGGAAGCCUUCCCCUCCACGCAAGGACGCGAAGUGAAGCACGGCAAAGUCGUGGUUUCUCCAGCGGAGACGCCACUAGAGGCCGAGGAUAUCGAGCUGGGCGGAGAGGCUGAAGAUCAGAACUACCUAGACGACGAUGGUUCUGAUUCAGAAGGCUCCGUGAUCAUGGGACUGGAUGACGAAGACGACAAAGAAUUCGAGAUCGAGGACGAAAAGGCCGAGGACACUGUCAUGAACGUACAUGUUCUGCCUCUUUACUCACAACUGCCCACAAAUCAGCAGCUGCGGGUGUUUGACCCACCUCCUGAUGGUUCUCGUCUUAUUGUCCUUGCGACGAACGUCGCUGAAACCAGUUUGACAAUACCCGGUAUCCGCUACGUUUUCGACUGCGGAAGAGCCAAGGAGAAGAAAUACGAUCUCAUUACUGGAGUCCAGAGCUUCGAAGUCAGCUGGAUCAGUAAAGCUAGCGCCAAUCAGCGAUCCGGUCGUGCGGGUCGUACUGGACCUGGUCACUGUUAUCGCCUGUACUCGUCGGCCGUUUUCGAGCGGGACUUCGAAGAGUAUGCAGCUCCGGAGAUCUCACGAACACCGUUGGAGGGCGUGGUGCUGCAGUUGAAAAGUAUGGGCGCUCCAGUCGUCAACUUCCCCUUCCCUACAUCACCGGAUAGGGAAAGUCUGCAGAAGGCCGAGAAUUUGCUUUCAUACCUUGGGGCACUGUCUCUGGAUGGGAAGGUCACAAAACUCGGCCACGAACUUUCGUUAUAUCCUCUCAAUCCGCGAUUCGCCCGCAUGGUUGCGAUGGGUGUCGCACAAAAUCUCGCAGCUGAAACCAUCGCAUUGGUGGCUGCUCUAUCUGUACCGGAACUCAUCGUCCCAGAGAACAAUCUCGGACUACGUGAGCCCAUCAAAGACCCGGACGCCAUCCGCACCGAGCAGGACAACAUCGAAGCUGAAGAGCGCUCCCGGCUGCGCAAAGCCUACAAUGCCGCACAGGCCAAAAUGAGCAUCAACGCGAAGCAGAGUGAUUGCAUCAAGCUCAGCAACGCCAUCUGUGCCUACGCGUACGAGCCUGACUCGCACCGGUUUUGCGAAGACAUGUUCCUCAAUCCCAAGUCCAUGAACGAGGCCAGUCAGCUCCGCCACCAGCUCACCAACAUUGUCCGGGCACAUCGACCCACCGCUAUCGGAGCAUACAAUGCAAAGCUCCCAGCACCUUCGGAGCGAAACAUCAAUCUGCUUACCCAAAUCUGUGCUGCAGGCUUCAUCGAUCAGAUUGCCAUGCGCGCCGACCUUGCACCUGUGCCUCCCGAGCUCCCGAGAAAGCCCAAGACCGCGAUCGAUGUGCCAUACGUUACUCUGUUCUCGUCACAAUCAGAGCGUUCGGACGACCCACACUCGAAAUACGUCUUCCUACACCCUUCUUCUAUACUCGCACGCACACCGCCAGCAAAGAUGCCGGGAUACAUCAUCUACUCGCACCUCCAGCGGGCCGCAUCAUCUACAAUCACUGGAAGCCGAACGCCGAAGACGCGCAUGCAUCCUCUCACUCCCGUUACGAGGCCGCAGAUUAUCAACAUUGCGCUCAAUACACCAUUACUACAAGCGAGUAAGCCAAAGGGCAAGAUCGUAGACCUCUCUAAAGAUAAGCGGGAGUGCGAGGUCGAGAUGAGCCUCAUGGGUGAGAAGGGUAGUCAAGGAUGGGGUCUUGGAGUUAGAAAGGUGGUACAAAGGAAAGAGCCUGGCGGAAGAUAUGUUAUCGAGCGAAUACUUGGUUGA